GAGAUGAUGAUGAGGAAAGUUCCUUAAUUAAGCCUGAAUCUACUGCGUCACACAACAUAACUCUUCACAAUCUUUCCCGCAUUUUUGUUGUUUUAUAUCCAUGCCAGAAUCAUGAAUGCCCAGGAUAGAAGUUUGUCGGAACUUCCCUCCUCCGUGUUGGAAUCAAGGGGUUUACUGGUGCGGAACAUUGGGUUUUAGGUGGAUUUCUAUGCGCUUUUUUAGCUUGAUAAUACUGUAAGGGAAAGUAAGAGAUGGCUGCUGGUAGCAAAACUAGGAGUAUGCUUGAAGGUCUGGUGAGAGAAGGAUCAUUUAAAUGGUUGCUCGGAAGGCGAAGUCCCUUCUAUGAGGAAUUUGAGGAGAUGGAUAAUUCUCCAUCCGGUGGAAAGAACUUUAUACCAGUGCUCUCUCCUAUUGCCAAUAUAAUUGUGCGAAGAUGCUCAAAAAUCCUUGCUGUUUCUUCGAGUGAGCUUCAAGAAAGUUUUAAUGUUGAGGCAUCUGAUUUUAUUAAGCACCCAUCACGGUAUGCUAGGAACUUUUUGGAGUAUUGCUGUUUCAGGGCUCUUGCUUUGUCAACUCAAGUAAUGGGUCAUUUGGCUGAUAAAAAGUUCCGACGCCUUACAUUUGAUAUGAUGGUGGCCUGGGAGGUCCCAGCAUCAUCCAAUCAACCUCUUCAUAAUUCAGAUGAGGAUCUAUCUGUUGGGUUGGAGGCCUUUGCUCGACUAGCUCCAGCAGUGCCAAUCAUUGCUAAUGUAAUUAUUAGUGAAAAUCUUUUUGAGGCUCUUACAUCAUCAACUGGUGGUCGGCUUCAUUUCUUCAUCUAUGACAAGUACCUAAAUGGACUAGAACGAGCAAUAAAAAAGAUGAAGUCCCAAUCAGAAUCGUCUCUUUUGUCUCCAUUUCGUUCAGCAAGAGGAGAAAAGAUACUUGAGGUUGAUGGGACAGUUACCACCCAACCAGUUCUUGAACAUGUUGGAAUAUCAACUUGGCCAGGUCGAUUAAUACUAACGGAUUAUGCACUAUAUUUUGAACCACUUCGUGUUGUAUCUUAUGACAAGCCAAAAAGAUAUGAUUUAGCAGAUGAUCUACAGCAGGUUGUUAAACCUGAGUUGACUGGACCGUGGGGUACUCGACUUUUUGACAAGGCAGUCUCAUACAAAUCUAUAUCCCUAUCAGAACCAGUUGCAAUAGAGCUUCCUGAGCUUAAAGGGCAUACUCGUCGUGAUUACUGGCUAGCAAUAAUCCGGGAAAUUUUAUAUGUUCACAGAUUUAUAAAUAAGUUUCACAUCAAGGGAGUUGAAAGGGAUGAAGCACUUUCAAAAGCUGUACUUGGAAUUUUAAGAAUGCAAGCCAUUCAAGAAAUCAGUUCCUCAAGCUCAGUUCACUUUGAGUCUCUUCUCAUGUUUAAUCUAUGUGAUCAAUUACCUGGAGGAGAUUUGAUAUUGGAGACUCUUGCAAAUAUGUCUACUUCAAGGGAAUUAGACCGAACUAAUAAUUCUGCAGCUGGAAGUCAAACAUACUCUAUCUCAGCCUUGGCCACGGUGUCCAACCUAGGGUUUAUGUUUGGAUCAAGUUUGACUAAUCCCAGUGAGACUGGGCUUGUUGUUGGUGAGGUAGCUGUGGGUGAGAUGAGCUUAUUGGAAAAAGCAGUUAAGGAAUCUAGGGACAAUUAUCAAAAGGUGUUGCAAGCUCAAGGAUCAGUUGAUGAAGUUAAAGUAGAUGGUAUUGACACUAAUUUGGCAGUGAUGAAGGAAUUACUUGUUCCCUUAAUGGAGGUUGGGAAUGGGCUUCUUUCUCUGCUAAAUUGGGAUGAUCCUAGAAAGUCUUUGAUAUUCUGCUUGCUUUUCACAUUCAUAAUUUGCAGGGGAUGGCUGAGUUAUGCCUUUGCACUAAUGCUUCUAUUUGUUGCUGCCUUUAUGAUGCUUACUCGAUGUUUCAAUCAAGGAAGGCCUGUCUAUGAAAUUAAGGUAAUAGCACCUCCACCCAUGAACACAAUGGAGCAGCUUUUGGCUGUUCAGAAUGCAAUUUCUCAGGUUGAGCAGCUUAUCCAAGAUGGGAACAUUGUCCUUCUCAAGUUCCGUGCCCUGUUACUGUCCAUUUUCCCAAAGGCAAGUGAGAAAUUUGCGAUCAGUCUUUUGUGUACAGCCUUGAUUCUGGCCUUUGUGCCCAUUAAGUACAUAGUUCUGCUGACCUUUUUAGAGACGUUUACAAGGUAUUCACCUCCAAGGAAACCAAGCACGGAAAGAUGGAUGAGGAGAUUUAGAGAAUGGUGGUUCAGUAUCCCAGCGGCUCCUGUAAUUCUUGAAAGAGAAACAGAAGAUAAAAAGAGAAAGUGAUACUUGAUCAUUUGUGUACAUAUGUGUGUGUAGAGAAACGAUUUUGUAUCACAACAUUGUAAUGUAUUAUGAGAAAUGUAUGAAGAAGUGGUCUAAGAAAACAAACAAGAACUUAAUUGAAGUGUACUUGUGAAGUGUUGGAAAAGAAUGGGACAGAUUUUUAAGGCUAU